ACAUCUAAGGGACAUAAUUGAAUGACAGAGCGGAAGUGAAGGGAAGGGGAGAUAGUCUCCCGUUUGUCGAGGCUGUAAGCGACUCUUUCCCGUUGUGUCGUCCACAGCUUCACCAUGAGUAUUCCAGUCUUUAUAGAUUUAACUGUUCCCGAACAGACUGUUGAACUUCGUGUUUACCUGAAGUCUCUUGGAGCUGAUAUAAAGGAAGAAAAUGCUGCAGAUCUGAGACAAGACUUAAAAGAAAUUGUAAAGGCAUCUCCAGUCUGUUUUAAAGAACCAUCAGACUCGGAUGUUGAAAUGUUUUUCAAUAGUGUAAUAUCUCUCAUCAUGUUGGUUCCUGAAACAGAAGCCGAAGAGAUUGUUUCUUUGUUUUGUGAUAUCAUCUCUAAAGCUCCUCCUGGAGACAAAAGGGGUCACUUGCGUUUAAGACUACUGACCAAUGUGUUUAGUGGACUGGACGAAGCAUCCUACCUGCGUUACACUGUCUACUACAGUAUGUUACGUCUAGGGAAACAGGCUGAGCUUUUACAAAUGGUACCCACUGACCUGAGCAAGGUGAAAUCUUGGAUGGCAAUGUGGAACUUACCAGUAGCAAAAAACCAGAUCUUGUUGCGUAUGCUUCAUGAUGCUGUCUUUGAUGCCAAAAUGAGUGACACUGCUACAAAAGUAAUGAUUGAACUCCUGGGAACUUACACUGAAGAUAAUGCAUCCCAGGCCAGAGAAGACGCUCACAGAUGUAUUGUCACAUGUUUAGCUGACCCUGGUACCUUCCUCAUGGAUCAUCUUCUUACACUCAAACCUGUCAAGUUCUUAGAAGGAGAACUCAUCCAUGAUUUGCUGACCAUUUUUGUAACAGAGAAACUUGCCAAAUACAAAACCUUUUAUGCUAAAAAUACAGACUUCAUCAACUCAAUCGGUUUGUCACAUGAAAACAACAUUCGUAAGAUGCGUUUGCUAACAUUUAUGCAGAUGUGUGAGAACAGAAGAGAAAUUGAUUUUUAUCAAAUCCAACGAGAAUUACAACUGGAUGCUGACAAAGUUGAGGACUUCAUCAUUGACGUACUCAAGACAAAAGCUGUCCGUGCUAAAAUUGACCAAAUGCAGAAAAAAGUGUUGGUCAACUCGACCAUUCACCGGACAUUUAGUCGGGCACAUUGGCAGAUGUUACGUCAGUACUUGCUCCAGUGGCAGUUGAACCUACAGGAAGUUGGUAACAAUCUCCAGUCACUGAGUGCUGAACAAAAGAUGUAAAGGAAGGAAGAGAAAAGGAAAAAAAAACAAGAAAAAUGUACAUGAGAGACGAAAGAGAUUGCCAGCCAUCAUCAGUCUCUUCCAGCAAUGAAAAACAGAAAAUGUAUGUUGUAAUAUUAAUGGGAUUAUUGAAUAAAUAGAAUAUUAAACAGUUA